AUGGCCUCCCGACAACCUCCCGCUGGCGCCCGCGGCACCAACACCCGUUUCGCGCAGUUCAAGCUGGUUCUUCUGGGCGAGUCUGCCGUCGGAAAGAGUUCAAUAGUCUUGCGUUUUGUCAAGGACCAAUUCGAUUCGUAUCGCGAGUCCACUAUCGGUGCUGCUUUCCUGACUCAAACCAUCUCCCUCGAUGAGAACACCACGGUCAAGUUCGAAAUCUGGGAUACCGCUGGUCAAGAACGCUACAAGUCCUUGGCUCCCAUGUACUACCGAAAUGCGAACUGCGCCGUCGUUGUAUAUGAUAUCACCCAAUCGGCAUCGCUAGACAAGGCAAAGGCUUGGGUCAAGGAGCUACAGCGCCAAGCGAACGAGAACAUCGUUAUUGCUCUUGCAGGAAACAAGUUGGAUUUGGUCACCGAGCAGCCUGACAAACGAGCUAUCUCCACUGCCGACGCCGAGGCCUACGCUCGUGAAGCUGGCCUUCUUUUCUUUGAGACUUCAGCCAAGACUGCUGAGAACGUUCAGACUCUUUUCACAGCCAUCGCCAAGAAGCUUCCUCUGGACCAGGCCGGUCCACGACACGCUCGUCCUGGUCAACGACCAGGAGUCAGUCUGGCUCCUGAGAACUCCAACACCAACGUCAGCGGCCCUUGCAGUUGCUAG